AUGGCGCUCAAGCUUAAAGGACUCGACGACGCCAUCUCCGUCACUGUAAGCAGUACCCGGUAUAGUCAUAUUCUUUACAAGGACGGUUGUGUUGCUAAUCCCCGCUCAAGCUCGAAGGACUCGACGAUGCCCAUUUCCGUGACUCCUUAUACAGAGUACAGCCUCACCACUCCAUCCCUGCUGACGUGGCAGGUGGUGAACCCAACGUGGGUGCGAACGCGCGAGGGGGAGGAUCAUUACGGAUGGGGGUUUCCUUCAUCGGAGGGCGACGCGGAGGAGCCAGGGGCACAACCUGAUCCGAUUUUCGGCGCUCGCUUCGUCCGCGAUAUCUACGAGAAAAUAGACCCUUCAUACAAGACCUUUUCUGUGCCGAUCUUGCUGGACAAGCAGACCCGCACGAUUGUGAACAACGAGAGUGCGGAGAUCAUGAGAAUGCUCAACUCGGAAUUUAACGCCGUCGCCGCCAACCCCCACGUGGACCUUUACCCUGCGGCGAUGCGGGGGGCUAUUGACGGGGUGAACGAGUGGGUUGGCCCGCCGAUCAACAGCGGCGUGUUCAAAUGCGGAUUCGCCAAGGAGCAAGCAGCUUAUGAUGCGGCCGUAGCCACCCUCUUCUCAGCCUUGGAUCGCUGUGAGGACAUUCUCUCACAGCAGCGCUACAUGGCGGGAGACACCUUCACAGAGGCAGAUAUUCGUCUGUUUGUGGAUCUGAUUAGAUUUGAUGAGGUGUAUUAUGGGCACUUUAACUGUAAUAAGAGGAUGAUUCAGGAGUACUCCAAUCUUUUCAACUACACCAAGGAAGUUUUCCAGCUGCCCGGGAUCGCCAGCACUGUGAACAUGGUUCACAUCCGCAAAAAGUUUUUCUGCAGCCCGAACGCCCUGAAUCCUUUCGCCAUCUGCCCGAUCGGGCGGAAUAUUGAUUAUUCCGAGGCACAUGAUCGGGAUAAGCUGCCCUCUAAGCCACUCGUGCUGGGUACAGCAAAGAGCGGGCUUUAA